AUGGAUCAUACACGAGACCCAUGUCCGUGGGUAGCAUUGAAUGAUUUUGGAGGAGCGUUCUGUAUGGGGGCAAUAGGAGGAGCAGUGUGGCACGGUGUAAAGGGUUUUCGAAAUUCACCUUACGGAGAGAGACGGAUUGGUGCUUUAACAGCAAUCAAAGCGCGAGCGCCUGUUCUGGGAGGCAAUUUUGGUGUUUGGGGAGGGCUGUUUUCGACAUUCGACUGUGCAGUUAAGGGAAUAAGAAAGAAGGAGGAUCCAUACAAUGCCAUCAUUGCAGGAUUCUUUACCGGAGGUGCUCUUGCUGUUCGUGGAGGGUACAAGGCUGCGAGAAAUUCGGCUAUAGGAUGUGCUUGUCUGCUGGCAGUCAUUGAAGGCGUCGGCAUUGGGUUCCAGAGAAUGAUGGCCGAAAAUACUCGAUUAGAGGUACCACAACCUCCUCCACCAGCAGAGACUGGCGGUACUGGCUUCCCAGCUGUUGCAUAA